AUGGGGGAGACGUCUCCUGCAAAAGGCGCUUCAAAGUCAGCAGCAAUAGCGACUGGUCUAGUGACGUUCGCCGUUGAUGGAAGACCCCGUACACACCGGAACAAGACGGGGAAAUCUCGGUCUGGUUGUGUUACCUGCAAGAAGCGACGUAUACGCUGCGAUGAAGCCAAACCAACAUGUCUGAACUGCACCAAGUCCAAACGGACUUGCGAAGGAUACAUUCAAAAGCCUGCGGCCGGGGCAUCGAAACUUGCUGGGGAAUCCCGCUCAUUGCUCAUCAAGCCAAACUACGAGGCUAAUAUCUUCACCAACCAGCUGGAAAAGGAUCAUUUCGAUUACUGGAUGACCUUCACCAAAGAGUUUUCCCUUUUCCCGUCGGAUCUAAUGACACAAUUGUUGCCUCAAAUCGCGCGUGAUGAACCCGCGAUUCGCCACGCAGCUUUUGCGAUUGGCGCGGCGACCAUGAACACUCACACACGCCUUCAACGAACAACAGGCACUGGCCCUUUCAAGGAAGAGGCGCUGAAGCACUAUGGAAAAGCGAUAAGUAUCGUCCGGAACAGCGAGCCCUCGAGAAAAAGCAUACCACGCGCUUUGCUAUCCUGCCUUCUGUUUGUCACUUUCGAGGCCUUGCAGGGCAACCGCAAGACGGCUUUGGCGCACAUAAACCACGGGUGCAACAUGCUUGACCAAAUUACUCGGCUGGGCGUGUCUGGCAAUUGCCCUCCCAAAUUGAUUCAAGAGGUUCACUCAAGCUUCCGGCGUUUCACACUUUUGUCAUGGAGUCUUAAUGGCCUUCACCCUCAGGAAACUGAGUCAUACGUGCCAUGGUGUUGUCGAGGCUGGAGGACUCGCUACGCCAUAGACGAGUUGCCUCCGUCCUUUUCCGACCUUGGGGAAGCUGAGAAGUGGUGGGAAAUCGUACAGCACCACGUCAUAUAUCAGUCCAAGAUUAAAUCCGGGUGGGCAUUUGAGGGCCUUCAACAUAAUAACCCCGAGCCCAUGACGAAAAUAUCCACUGAAGAUGCCCAGAAAUACCUUGGUGUAAUGGAAAGAUGGCGUGAGCGGUUCAGACCCUUGACAAAGGGUGCCCUUCGCGAAAAGACGUCCAAUCAGAAGGCUUACCUGCAGAUGGUGAGCCUCCGGAUUCAUUAUCUGUCGCUUGAAUUGCUCUUGAAAACCUUGUACUACAGCGAUCUUGAAGUAUUGGCAUCGUCAACUCCUACUUUCAAAGCGAUUGUGUCCCUCUGCAGGAUAGUUCUAAAGGGACAGGACGAUAGUCCACAAUCGGCAAAAGAGGUUUUCACAAUGGAUAGCGGUCCGACAUUACCGCUGGUGGUUGCUGGAGUAUUUUGUGUUGAUGCUGAGACUCGAGAAGAGGCGCAUCAGCUGUUUCGUGAUUAUCCUCGACGGGAUGCAAUAUAUGAUUCCCGGGUCUUCGAGGCGACUUUGAGGUCGACUCAAGUUUUAAGGGCAGAGACUAGUGAAGACCAUGAAGAGGUCUGCAGGGAGAUUUUGCGCAACAAGCAAAUUAUUUUUGGGGACGAUGUGAUUCGAAGGAGGACAUAUCAGCCGGACGAUGGUAGUGGGACAUGGCGAGUCACUCUCGAACAAACGACGCCCCUAGAACCUUCAAAACAAGGGGUUAGAUUUGUGAGAAGUCGAAACGGGGACUCUGAUUUCUUGUAA